ACAAACGCCCAAAGAACCACACGUUUGCCUCGAGCAGACACACGACCUGAUAUGGAGCAAUCUCAGAUUUCCAUCCGCCCAAGAGCUUUGGGGCCGGUUAAUGUGUACUCGUGAGUACUAUCGUGAACGUCGACUGGGGUUGUGCUCCUUCGACAGGCCAUAUUUAGUGAAAAAUAUUUUUACCUUUAAGUGAUUUCUUUAUUUUUCCUUUUUUUUUUAAUUAUUAAUUUUUUUAUCUUUCAAAUAACUUUUGUGAUUGUGAUAAACAUUUGUUAUUUUUCCUUUUUUUUUUUGUUUAACGUGAAUCAAAUUAAAGUGUGUUCAUGUUGCCGGAUAACACAUUUCCCGUAACAGGGGGCAUUAUGCAGACCGAGGAAGUCGUGCCUCGUGCACAAUCAACAGGUAUUGUAAGCUCCCUGACAGACACUUUAAACUAUCAAUAUCCAUUGCAUCUUCUUCAACAUUUACAAUAUCAAUUGCCAGAACUCGUUCACAUGGCGGUUAAACAAGAGCCACAAGAUGACGAUGAAAGAGCAAGGUGUGUUAUUAAUAACAGAUUCAGUUCUAACGAGGCACUUAACAGUCAACAAGCAGAAUCAAGUAGUGCAUCUACUCCUACUGAAGUUGCACAUCACGUGCAUCAUGGUCAUGAUGGAAUGACAGUGCAUCAGCAAUUGCAACAACCAACUGGUGAAUCUACACUGGGACAGACGAAUCAGGACAGUAUCAACAGAUCCAGACCAAGUAGUCGUGGUCGCAGAAAGUCCAGAUGGAAGUUAAAAUUUCAUCAUCAAGCAUUACCACCAGAAUAUUUGGAUCAUUAUGAAGCUGCUCUUGCUCAAGAGGCAUUGAAUACUUCACCAACUCAAGGAUAUAAUCCAAAUGCACCAAGUCCAGCACCAACAACAUCAACAUCAACAUCACCCUCAACACCAAGUCCAAAUGCAGAUGUACAAGGUUGGCUUCAACGUAUAACAGCAGUACAACAAGAAAUAUCUCCCACAAAUUCAAUUGAAAAUAAUAAUUCAUCACAAUCAAAUUAUCGUCGAUCAGUUAUAACAUCAUCAGCAAAUAAUUAUACAAUAAAUCAUCAACCAUCACCAAGACCACCAAUGAAAUAUUCUGAUUUACCAUACAUGGGUGAAAUAACACUGGACAAUAGUAAACCACGUCGUGGUAGAAAACCUAAAAAAGCUGAUAUUUGUCAUUUAAUAUAUAAAAAUUAUGGCACAAUAUUACCAGGUACACCAGGACAUGAAGAACGUGGAAAAGAUAUACAAGAACGUUUAGAAAAUAAUCGUGAACAAUCACCACAAAUUAAUUUUCAACGUUCAGAUAUACAAAAUCGAAUAAGUAGUCUUUUAGAAAAAAGAUUAACUCAAGAAUCAAAAAAAGGUAAUAUUAUACUUGAUGAAAAUAAAGAACAAAAUGAACCACUUAAUUUAUGUAUUAAAGAUCUUAAUCAAUUAAAAAUUCGUUUAUUACGUAAACAUGGAAAUAUUUAUGAAUCUGGACAUGUUAAAAGUGAAUCAUCGAGUGAUAAUGAAGACAUUGAGUGUGUAGAUGUUAAAAAUACAAAAAAAAUAAAUUUAAUUAAUUCAAAUAAAUUACCUGAAUGCAUCAAUAAUAAUAAUAUUGCUAUUAAUAACAACAACAAUAUUACAAAUAUUAAUAAUAAUAAUACAAAAAAUAUAAAUCAAAAUGAUAAAAAUGGACAAAAUUCAAAUGGAUUAGUUUAUUGGCCAAAUGGAGGUGUAUUUAUUCAUCCAAUGGCCCUGCAAUCACAAUUAAUGUAUUAUCAAAAAAUGUCAAAAGAUGAUAAUAAAAAUCAAGCAUCACCAGUUGAUACAACAACAUCAACAAAAGAAUCGAAAAUAAUACCAAAAACAGUGUAUUCAUCAAUGGUUGAUUCUAAAAGUCCAAUAGCAAGUCCAAGUCCAGUAUCAGUAACAGUAACACCACCAUCAAUAUCACCACGUCCAAAACGUAUUGCACAAACAAAUCAAUCAACAAAUCAAUCAACAACAACAACAACAGCACAACCAACAAAACGUAAAAGAUCAGCAAUAUUUAUACCACCAAUGCCAACUGAAAAUAAUAAUAAUCCAGCAACAGAAGUUAGUAUAUGUAAAUUUAAAUUUACAGGUGGUGCUAAACCAAGUUUACAAGAAAAAAAAAGUUUAUCUGUUGAUUCUGGUGGUAAUUUUCGUUAUUACAGUGGUACUGGUGAUAAAUCAAUGCGUGGUUAUGAAUUUUUUCCACGUGAAACAUUACAACAACCAGCUGGACAAGCAACAUCAUCAGCUGGUGCAUUUUUAAGUGCUGCUGGUGAAAGAAUACCACCACCACAAUUAUCAUCAUCAUCAUUAUCAUCAUCAUCAUCAUCUUGUCAACGUGUUAUUGUCGCUGAUGAUGGUAGAAGAAAAAGAAAAACACGUAAAUCAUUACAACGUGAAAAACUUGAACAAACAUUUAAAGAAAAAGGUUUUUUAAUACAAACACAACAAUUAGAAUCAGCUGAAGGUGCAACAUAUUGUAAAUUUCGUCAAUUAAGAAAAUUUACAAGAUAUUUAUUUAGAAGUUGGAAAGAUUAUUUACCAGGUAAUGUUGGUGAUUUAAAUCAUAAUCCUGAUGAUGAACAAACAAUUAUUGCUGAAGUUGAUGGUGAACAAUCACCAUCACCAAUAUCAAAUUCAGAUCUUGUUGUUAUGUCAAAUGUCAUUGAUGAAAAUCAAACAUUACCAAUUGCAUGAAUAAUUUAUCAUUUAAAAAAUUCACCUAAACAAACAACUGAUACCUCUUAUUGACAAUAAUAAUAUUAUUUUAUUUUUUUUUAAAUUCUUUUAUUUAUUUUCAAUAAUGUCCAUGAUGUUGGAAAAAUAAUGUGCAUUUAAUUGUGUCUGAACAAAGUACAAGUUCUGGGUUUUCUUAAAAGUGUCGUUAAUAAAUAAAUAAAUGAAAAUAUAUAUAUAUAUAUAAAUAUAGAUGGACAUGGUUGUUAUCUUAGACUUGAAGAUUUUUUUUUUUUUAAAUAAAAAAAUAUAUAUGUGAGAUUGUGCAAAUGAAAAAUCGUGUCGCGUAUAUAGAUUGUUGAAUUGUACGGUAUUUCUUCGGCAACAUGCCAUGUGAAAGGCACCGACUACGUGUAAAGAAGCCGUUUUACGCCAGACAAAAUAACUUAAUAUUCAAUUGUACAGCUAUUGAAAGAUUAAGUAUUUUGAUUGAGUCACUAUUCAUUCAGUGAAUUAUACAUCUUGUUAAAUGUUGUUUGUGUCAGGCAUGCAUUAUAAAUGCCAAUUGGUUAAUGUGUUGGAUAUAAAAUUUAAGAAAGUGUGCCUUAUUACUAUAUAAACUUUUUAUCUAUUUUUUAUUUUCAUUAUAAAUAUUAUAUUCUGCUCAUUAUUGGUGCAACACGAUAUGUGAAGAAUAAGUGCAAAUUAUUAUCGGGUUAUUUCAUUUUUUUUUUUUCAAUUUAUCAAACCCGAUGCCAAAGACAGUGGAGACUGUACAUAUUUAUUGAAUUAAUUAUUUUUUUUUUUAUCUACUGCUCGUUAACCAAAGAACGAUUGAUCAUGUGAGCAUUUUAGUGUCAUAUUUUAAAUGAUAAUUUGAAGAAACAAAAAAACAAUCAUUACUGUUAUAAAUUAUUAUGAGCUUGUAAUUUUUAAAUAUUUAAAAUGAUUUUUUAAAUUUGUAUAUUUAAAAAAAAUAAUUAAUAAUUAGUUAAUUAACAAAUAUCUAGUCUUAUUUAUAAAUUAAUUAAUUGAAUAAUUUAAUUUCUUAGUAGGUUGUUAUUUAAAUUAUUUAAAAUAACAAUAUACAUAUGUGAGAUAAAGUAAAACUGCGAUGAACUAUUUUUUUUUAGUUAUAAAUAUGAAAUUAUAUUUUGUAAAUAAUAAUAGUUUAAUUAUUGAUAGUUUGAAAAAAUAAAAAAAAUAUUGUGAUCAUGAUAUUGUUCACUUUUGAGCCAUGUGUAUAAUAAUUUUUAAUAAUUAUUUAAUUUAAUAAAGAAGCGAUGUUUAUUAUUGAAACCGUCCUUCACUGAUAUUCUAUUUUAUUUUUACUAUUAUUUUUUUUGCUACUAAAUAGAUUAUUUUACUGUUCAAUUUGUAUGCUCACUGUAAAAUGAUCAUUCUUCAUAUCAUAAAUAAAUUUUGUUAAUUUAAAAGACAAAAAAAGAAAA